UGGGAAAAGGUCACCGGGAUGAAGAGCAUCACUUUUACCACUUGCCCGCAACCUAUAUAUAUACCGUUAGGUUUUGUUCUCUCCAGUGCGAAGGUUCGCAAUGGCGGAAUUGCAGCUUCCGAAGGCGGAGAACUCCAGCGACGAGAGCUGGAAGAGGCCGGCGGUGGCCCCUAAAGUCGUCGUUUUAGCUGACCUUAAUGUUGAUCCCCCUGAAUCCGAUGCCGCCGAUUCAUUUCCCCUCGAUCAGUCCAGGUUGGAUAAUGCCGGAAGUAGUCAAGAUAAAUGCAGUUUCAUGAGCAAAGAUGCUGAUGUUGCUGAAGGAGAGGAAAAACUUUUGAAAAAAUCAGCCAAAUGUCGUUCAAGAGCUAGUAAGGUAGAGUACCCUCUCGACUGUGUUCCUGAUGCUGAUGCAGAUCAGCAUGGUCAAGGGGUUUCUUCAUCACGUGAGGAAAAAGUGAGCAGCCUUAAAACAGGAUUGGUACAUGUUGCAAGGAAGAUGCCAAAAAAUGCUCAUGCUCACUUUAUACUAGGCUUAAUGUAUCAACGGAUGGGUCAGCCACAAAAGGCAGUCUUAGCAUAUGAGAAGGCAGAAGAGAUCUUACUUCGCAAUGAAGAAGAGAUUGACCGGCCGGAGUUCCUUUCUUUGGUUCAGAUUCACCAUGCACAGUGCCUUAUGCUAGGAAGUUCAGGGGAUAGUAGUUCUGAAAAAGAAUUUGACCCUAAAGAGCUAGAGGAAAUUCUUUGUAAGUUGAAGGAGUCAAUGAAAUCAGAUAUUAGACAGGCAUCUGUUUGGAAUACUCUAGGCAUGAUACUGCUGAAAACUGGUCAUUUGCAGAAUGCUGUCUCAGUAUUGUCAUCUUUGUUAUCUAUUGUUCCUGACAACUUGGAUUGCCUUGGAAACCUUGGGAUUGCCUACCUUCAAAGUGGAAAUUUGGAGCUCUCAGCCAAAUGUUUUCAAAAUUUGGUAUUGAAAGAUCAGAACCACCCUGCUGCUUUAGUCAACUAUGCAGCUGUUCUUUUGUGUAAAUAUGGUGCAGUUAUUGCAGGUGCUGGAGCAAAUGCUGGUGAAGGGGCUUCACUUGAUGAGAUUACUGCUGCCAAUGUUGCAAAGGAGUGUUUAUUAGCAGCAGUAAAAUUGGAUCCAAAAGCAGCACAUUUGUGGGCAAAUCUUGCUAAUACAUAUUAUAUGACCGGUGAUCAUAAAAGUUCCAGCAGGUGCUUGGAGAAGGCAGCAAAAUUGGAGCCCAAUUGCCUGGCUACGCGAUAUGCUGUUGCAGUCCAUAGAAUUAGGGAUUCAGAAAGGUCUCAAAAUCCUACUGAACAACUUUCCUGGGCUGGGAAUGAAAUGGCUUCCAUACUUAGAGAAGGAGAUUCUGCUCUGAUUGUGCCUCCCAUAGCGUGGGCUGGGCUUGCUAUGGUUCAUAAGGCCCAAUAUGAGAUUGCAGCAGGAUUUGAAAUUGAGAAGAACGAAUUACUUGAGGUUGAAGAGCGUGCCAUCUACAGUUUAACUCAGGCAAUAACUGAGGACCCAGAUGAUGCUGUACAAUGGCACCAACUUGGCCUUCAUAGUCUUUGUACUCAACGGUUCAAAACAUCACAGAAGUACCUGAAGGCUGCGGUUGCACGUCUGAAGGAAUGCAGCUAUGCAUGGUCAAAUCUUGGUAUCUCACUGCAACUAUCAGAAGAGUCAUCACAAGCUGAAGAAGUAUACAAGCGGGCUCUGUCAUUGGCAACCUCUAAGCAAGCGCACACAAUAUUUUCCAACCUUGGAAAUUUCUACCGGCAGCAAAAGCAAUAUGAAAGUGCCAAGGCAAUGUACACGAGGUCUCUUGAAUUACAGCCUGGCUAUGCUCCUGCAUAUAACAAUCUGGGACUUGUAUUUGUUGCUGAGAGGAGAUGGGAAGAAGCGAAGUACUGCUUCAACAAGGCUGUCCAGGUGGAUCCACUAUUGGAUGCGGCCAAGUCCAACAUGAUUAAAGCAAUUGCCAUGUGUAGAAUGUAUAACAGCUUGUCCUCAUGUCCCCUUGGAGAUUAUAUUUGAAACAAAGGUCGGUGGCUUCUUCCCCCACUGAUGUCAUCUUCCAUAAAUGACAAUUCUGCUUGUUCUUUCUUCUU